UGCAUCGACAUCAGUCCGCCUCCAACGAUGGAGACAUUCCAUACUAAUCAAAACUCUACAAGAAGCGCUCCCGGAGGCAUUGACGCCCUUUCGAGGGUACUUCAUGAUACGCACGCGCAAAAUCUAGCAACGUACAAACGACUGCUUGCAGGGCAACCCACCGCCACUACCACCACGACCGCGAGCAGGGACCAAGACCCGUUUUGGGAUGUUGUUGUUGUCACUGCCGGCGACGUGCAGCAGCGACUUGUAUAUGAACUUAGGAUAAACCAGAAACUAGAACGGAGGGAUAUCCCUACGCAUGCCAGGUAUCAUGUCAUUGAGGAUCCACCGAGCUCAAAGAUCGGAAGCGGAGGGUCGACUUUUCUCGUAAUGAAGGCCUUAAAGGGCCUCUACUCUCAGGAUUUUCUAUCGAAUGCGCGCAUUCUCCUGAUCCAUGCUGGAGGCUACAGCACGCGUUUGCCUCAUGUCAGCGCGCGCGGCAAGGUCUUCAUGACACUCCCGCAAGCCGACUCUCAAAAUGGAAUCCAAGUUCUGGAACUAAAGCUAGUGCUUUACUUGCAUUUGCUAACGUGCAUGCCACCAGGGGUAUUUUUGACAAGCGCCGACGGGAUCGAGCUGUUUUCGUCCAAGGCAUCCUUUCCAAGCGAUCCCAAACCAUUAACUAUCACAGCGUUAGCGCAUCCAUCAUCCACUCAAAUUGGCAGCACCCAUGGCGUCUACCUGUUACACGAUCCAAAGGGACUUGUCACAGAGGACAGACGUCGGGGUCCGAGCGACCAGUCUGCGUUGAUGUUGAAAUGCCAACAAUUCCUGCACAAGCCAAAGCUGGAUGUGAUGAAGGGAACCACUGGUGUGAUACAUUCUGAUCUAGCAAAAGCUGAAGCGGAUGUAGUGUAUACUGACAGCUGCUACUACUUCGAUCCGCAAACCGCGGAUAUUAUGGCCACUACAUACGACAUGCUUUCUGCAGAGUGUGACCUGGAAGCAUGGGCAGACAUCCUCAGCUUCCAAGAUUUACCCACUUCUGUACCUCAUCCUUCUUCAAACUCUUCCACCACGACUGAUAAUCCUUACCUGAGAGGUCGACAGAAGGCGAAGCGGGCGCUGCAGGACGCAGGUGUAGUCCUGGACGUCAUGGUUCUCAACGCCUCAAAGUUCUAUCACUUGGGGACCAUGCAGGAAUUUCUCGCAGGGACAUGCACCGAUCUACCAUUCAUGUUUGAACUCAAUAUCCAGAACGACGUUGAUGGGAUUGCCCUCGUUCAGGUGUUCAAUGGUACUGCUAGCGCCGUAGACUGUAUGCAUUCUCCAGCGUAUAUUGAGCGCUCUUCAGUCUCUCCAAAUAUUCUCAUCGGAUCGCACUCCAUCGUUGUCGACUGCAACUUGCCUGCAGACGCUGUUAUCCCGAGGGACACCUGUAUGUUCACAUUGCAACUUCAGGAACAUGAAUUCGUCACAUUCACGUUCUCGGUCAAGGACGACAUGAAGAAAGUGGCCAGGACGACCAAAGAAUUUGGCAAUGCAUUACAGGAACUCAGAGUUUUUGAGCACGUCCCCGUAAGCGAGAUGUUUGACCCUUCGAUUGGUUAUCCGUCCGAAUGUGAAGGCGAAGUAUCACUAUGGACAGCGGUCAUAUUCGAAACAGCGCGCUCAGAGGAGGAGAGUGUUGAAUUCGCACGCAAUCGUUUGGAUAGGAUUCGACACUACUUACGCGAAGGAGAGCCUGGCGCAGGCAUAGGAAUUCACCAAGGAGCGCGUCCAUUAGCUACAGCAGUAGACUGGGUUUCACUUAAAGAUGCCGCGAGGAGGGCGCGUCAUUAUUGGACUACGGAACGCGUUCGAAAUAAAGUUUGAGGUACAUGUUCUGUCC